UGGAGCAGCUUUCUCUCUCUAGGUCUCUGUAUAUAUACACGCAUACCGCCUGUCUUAGACGACCGUCUUUCAACAAGCAAGAGUGGUGAGAAACUAGAUGCUUAGAGAGAGAGAGAGAGAGAGAGACAGUGUGUGGAGGCAGGACUUGCAGGCGAUUCUAGAGUGAGUGAGAGGCAGGAAUAGCAGCCAAUUCUAGAGAGAGAGAGAGAGAGAGAGAGAUGGGAAGACCACCUUGUUGUGACAAGAUUGGAGUAAAGAAAGGGCCAUGGACUCCAGAGGAAGACAUCAUACUGGUUUCUUAUAUCCAAGAACAUGGACCUGGAAAUUGGAGGGCUGUUCCCACUAAUACAGGUUUACUGAGGUGCAGUAAAAGUUGCAGGCUGAGGUGGACAAAUUAUCUUAGACCUGGUAUUAAGAGGGGCAACUUUACUGAGCAUGAGGAGAAGAUCAUAAUUCAUCUCCAAGCUCUACUUGGGAACAGAUGGGCAGCCAUAGCCUCCUACCUCCCACAAAGGACAGACAAUGACAUCAAGAAUUACUGGAAUACCCACCUCAAGAAGAAGCUCAAGAAGCUCCAAGCUGGCCUUGAUGGUGAUUUCCCAAACGGGAUUACAAAUUUUCAGCAACCGAUCUCCAAAGGACAAUGGGAAAGGAGGCUUCAGACUGAUAUCAACACAGCCAAACAGGCCUUAUGUGAAGCUCUAUCAAUGGAGAAACCCAGUUUUUCUCACUCUAAAUGCCCCAUUGAAGAAACCCAUCCCUUGUUUUCUUCUUCUCCCUCCUCUUCUUCUUCUCCCUCCUCUUCUUCAUCCUCUCACCUGAGUAUCAGAUCAAGCCAGGCCUCAACCUAUGCUUCAAGCACAGAGAACAUCUCAAGGCUUUUGGAGGGGUGGAUGAGGUCUUCUCCCAUGCUUCAAAAAGAGAAACCCACUGCGCAAAGUGAACUCACUGGCUUGAAUAACAACUGUUCAAGUUCUAGUGAGAGAAUACAGAGCUCUCUCUCCCUAGUUUGCAGCACCCCAAUCAACAACAACAACAACAACAGUGAGAUCAUCUCACAAGAAGCUCUUGAAAGGCUGCUUGGUUUUGAGGGGGGAAAAGCCAUGGCUUCUUGGAAAGAUUGCUCUCCUGAAUCAUCAACUCCUGAUGUGUCUCAGGGGGUCUCUUUUGAUGAGAACACUGCAAAUUACAUGCCUGAGAACUCAACAAGCUUUCAAACUUUCCAAGAGGAGAGCAAGCCCAAAUCGGAGGGCCAAGGCCCUCUCAUCUUGAUCGAGAAGUGGCUCAUGGACGGCCAGGAUUUGAUGGAUAUGUCACUUGACGACACCAGCACACUUGUGUUUUGAAUUCUCAUCCCUCUCUACUCUCUCUCACUCUCUCUCUUUUUCUCGCUCUUUCUCUCCCUACUGUUUCCCUCUCUAACUUAGACUUGUGGAGUAAUUAUGCAUGCAGAGGAUGCAUAAUGCCUUGAACUGAUCAAAUCUAUUCUCGGGAAAACCGAAGGGAGUGGAUGUUAAAACCAUCCCUUUUCCAAGUUGUAUAAUACAGACAUCUAUAGUAUUUUUAUAUAUAGAUGUGUUAUUUCAGAUUUUGGAUGAUACAAUGCACUUAACCUUUUGAGA